AUGGCUUCCGGGAGUCAGCUGAAGGAGCCCAAGGAAGACUUCAGUUGUUUAUACGAAGUGAGUCUUCCCUCUUGGCUGGAUGGAAUGACACAAGUUGUCAAUGGUCUCAUCUGUGUUUGUGAAGAUAAUAAGAUAUUGAGCCUGCACAACAUUUGUACAGGACAGAGGAUGAGGCUCCCAGGCCCUCUGAGUUGCAAUUCCAUAUCAACGUUUGAUCUCGGACCUUCCACUGAAUUAUCCUCACGGAGGAAGCUGGACUAUGAUGCAUCUGGUCUUGCUGAUUUGCUGUGGGAAAAUGCUCCUUGUAUUGAUCCCCAACAGAUGAAGCAAAACACCCAUAUACCUGAUGCCAAAACCUUUGCUAUGGAUGGGUUCCUGUAUUGGUACCUAUGGCCGCAAUUUAUGUUUUCUUUUGAUCUCAAUAAAGAAAAGUUCCAAUGGAUAAAGAUCCCGAAAGAUCUUUUUGAUAAUGGUCUGAGGCUCUUUGUGUUAGAAGAUUGGGAGGGUAAAAGAUGGAGUAAGAUCUGUGUCCCAGUGCCCGAAUGGCUUCAUGACCUUAGAACCAUUGCAACAGGAAACCUUGUUACAGGGGAGAUUCCUCAUCCCGUUGCUCGGGGCAUUCAUCAUAGUCGUCACCGGCACUUUUGUUUGGCUUGGAUAUCAUGUUUACAAGAUAAUCGUUUUACACCAUUAGAUGAUGUGUUGAGUGGUGCAGCAGCUCAUGAGAGCUGA